UAAAGAGAGGGAGGGAGUCAUAUAAGAGAGGCAGCCAUAGAGGGAGAGGUGACAGAGUAGAUUAUCCUCCUCUCUGCCAGCCUCAUCAUGUUCAUGCUGCAGAUGUUGACUGUUAUCUCUCUGACUGUUAUCUUCCUGGCAUCUGUAGAAGCUAAAGGCGUGCAGAUGCAGAGGGAUGUCCAGUGUUGCAUGUUGUACUCCCACGGCAAGGUGCGUACCAAAGAUGUGUUGCGGUUUGAGGUGCAGACGGAGGGGCCCGACUGCAGUAUACAAGCCAUCAUUCUUUACACGAAGAAGGCGGUGAAAUGUGCCGACCCCAGAGACCGGAAGGUGAAACGGUUGCUGAGGAAGCUCCUCCAGAGACAGAGAACCAAGGCCCACCGGACCAUGUGGCUGCUUCCUCAUGACAACCUGCCCGUCAUGUCAGAGGACAAGAAAGACAACUGGGCGGUUCUCAACGUGGAGUGACGAAGCGGCGUCGGCGUUGGAGGAAAACUCGUAGUCAUAAGCCAAGUAAACUGUCAGCAGCUCGUCGUCUUUCCGCGGCGGCGUUUGCUGACUCUCCAGUCAUCGUGUCUCUCUCUCUAUCUACACUAUCAGAUCUGGGCAGCAAUACGUAUUUAACUGGCUUUAGAUAUUUAAACAUGAACCGCGCUUGAAAUAUUCCCAACACGUGGCCGUGACAGUCUCCACAGAGGAGUGAUGUUUGUAAGAUAAGUUGCAUUGAUUUUUUUUUCUUUUCAAUGGCUUGUACUGUUAUUUGCCAGAGUCUGCCUGAAAGUGUCUCCCUCUACAACUCCGACAUAACCACUCCAUGUGAAGCAGUUGUAUUGAAACGAGCAGUGAUAUUAAUAUUGUACAUCAGCAACAAUGCUUAUUCGUGACUUGUAUACCUUCGAUGUGUAACGACACUUCACACAGUAACGUAAACGGGGCUUGUCACAGGAUGAUGUAGGUUUUAGUCGGGUUAAAACCCCCUUUUCAGGCUUUCAGACUGUUUGUUAACUCAAAAAGGGCAUCAGAGAGAAGAUUUCACUCAUAAAUCUCAAGUGUUCCUGAGCUUUUGUCCACUUUCUAUAUUGACUGUUUGUAAACUCCGUAUGAAACCCGACUCCAAUCUUUUAAAAUUAGGCCCUCGGGCACCGACGAGAGAUUUAAAUAUCUAUUUGCAGUUUGCAUUUGUCUUUUUUUACCGAUAGUCUGUCACUAAACUAUGCCAAAGUCUUCAUGAUUCAAUCCACCACAUGGCCAGGCUGUUAAAACUUAGAGGGCUCUAACGUGUGUGCAGCACACAAGCAUUGUACCGUAGAGGAAUGCACUGUAUGUUCAACACAGUAUCUCAAGUGAACUAUUUUAUAAAUUAACCUGAAACGGA